AUGUUGCGACCGUUCACCGGCGUCCACGCGCUCGUAGCGAUCGCCCUCGCACUUCCCACACGAGCAGAAGACGAACAAGCGACAGGCUUUACCAUGCAGCUCCACCGCAUGCCCCGACACAACAGACAGCCCGCGAGAUACGCGCGACGAUUGGGUGUGGAAGAGGACGGACCGGAGCUCGUGCCGCUGCACUUGGGACUUGGGACACACUACACGUGGCUCUAUGCAGGCACACCACCGCAGCGAGCGUCAGUGAUUGUGGACACUGGCAGUGCACUGUUGGCGUUUCCGUGCUCGGGCUGCAAUGGCUGUGGGAACCACACAGACGUGCCCUUUAACGCGGACAAUUCGUCGACGUUGGUGCAUGUCAAGUGCUCUCAAAAGUCUUUUUACCGGUGCAAGGAGUGCAAACUGCCGUCGGACACGUGCGCGAUUUCGCAGUCGUACUUGGAGGGCAGCAGCUGGAAAGCCUCAGUGGUCGAAGAUGUCGUGUACUUGGGUGGCGACUCGAGCUUUGACGACGACGCCAUGCGCAGCAAAUAUGGCACGCGCUACCAGUUUGGCUGUCAGAACGUCGAGACAGGACUGUUUGUCACGCAAGUCGCGGACGGCAUCAUGGGGUUAUCGAGAACAGACGACCACAUCGUUGCGAAGCUGUACCACGAGAAGAAGAUACCGAGCAACCUCUUCUCGCUUUGUUUUAUUGAGAAUGGCGGCACCAUGUCCGUUGGCCAACCGCACAAAGCGGCACAUCGGGGUGAGAUUGCGUACGUGAAAAUGAUCGUGGAUGGGUCUCCCAGCCAUUUGUACAAUUUGCCCGUGAAGGACAUUCGCAUCGGUGGCAAAUCCAUCAACGCCAAGGCGGAGUCUUACACACAGGGGCACUUCAUUGUGGACAGCGGAACGACAGACUCGUAUCUCCCAAAAUCGAUGGAGGGUGAGUUUAUGAAGAUGUUUAGAGAGGUUGCUGGCCGCGAUUACCAGGUCGAAGCAGCGUGCAAAGGCUAUACGAAUGAAGAGUUGUCGUUACUGCCAACGAUUCAAUUCGUCAUGGAAGCUGAGGGCGGCAAGAGUGAGGAAGUGAUCCUGUCAGUUCCACCUGAGCAGUAUCUACUGCGUGAUAAAGGCAAAUACUGUGGCGGUAUCCAUCUGACGGAGAACUCUGGCGGUGUUAUUGGUGCCAACCUCAUGACGAAUCGUGACAUGAUUUUUGACUCCAGUAACCAGCGCAUAGGGUUUGUCGAUGCCGACUGCGCGUGGCAGGAGACUUCAAAUUCGACAGCAACGUCAUCAGCGAUGAACAAAACCACUAAGAUCAGUGAAGGGAAGGAGAAGGAGAAAGCUGCAACUACAAUUGCGAUCGCGCCAGGCGGCACAUCGGUCGUUAAGAGCACUCCGGCGCCAGCAGCUGAUGCAGCGUCUAAAGAUGCUGGUACUCCGACGCCACCAGCUGAUGCAGCGUCUGAAGAUGCUGGUACUCCGGCGCCACCAGCUGAUGCAGCGUCUGAAGAUGCUGGUACUCCGGCGCCACCAGCUGAUGCAGCGUCUGAAGAUGCUGGUACUCCGGCGCCACCAGCUGAUGCAGCGUCUAAAGAUGCUGGUACUCCGACGCCACUAGCUGAUGCAGCGUCUGAAGAUGCUGGUACUCCGGCGCCACCAGCUGAUGCAGCGUCUGAAGAUGCUGGUACUCCGGCGCCACCAGCUGAUGUAGCGUCUGAAGAUGCUGGUACUCCGGCGCCACCAGCUGAUGCAGCGUCUGAAGAUGCUGGUACUCCGGCGCCACUAGCUGAUGCAGCGUCUGAAGAUGCUGGUACUCCUGCACCAAUGGCCAAUGCAACAUCCACGCCCGCAUCUACUACUGUCUCCGCUGAGCUGGCUACAAAGACUAUGCCGACAGUAGAGGCGACUAUGGAACCUGCUACACCAGAGCCAGCUAUGACGAGUGCAGACACCUCACAGACGACGCUGGUAACGAACAUUUCUUCCGUGCAGACUGCUUCACGUGAUGCUGAUCCGGAGCUUCAGACAGUUCCGGACGACAUGGCCGAGUCGUCGUCAGCAACUGCUACAGUGAGCUCGAAGUCGAAAGGGAGGUCGUUUGGCACCCAUCCGAUGGUGCUCACGCUUGUCGGUGCUAUCUUGGUGGUGGGUUUUCUGCUGAUGGUGGUGUUAUCAGUCCGCCGACGGCGACGAAAGACCGGCAAUAAACAGCUCUGGAGCCGCGUAGAGGGCGACGAAGAGGACGAGGACGUCCAGGAUGAAGAAGAGUUUGGUCUCGCGUUUAGCGACAAGAAGGCACUCCAGGGGACGCCCACGACGAAGCACCAGCGGCUCAAGCAGGACGACCGCGACGAUGAUGAUAAUGACGAUGACCACGAUCGUCAUCAGGAGAGAAGCAGUGACGAGGACGACGAUGUGUUUGCUUGCGAAACCAUACAGGAGGAACCCGAGGUGGAUACUUCCACGCUCGACCGGCUUUGA